GGAAAAAGUGCGGGCCGUUGCCUUCUAGGGUCUUGGGGGCCUCGCGUAGUCUGAGGGCUUGGAGAGUCGUUACCGCUCGCCGUCUGCGGGGUGCACGGCUGACUUACGUGCGGGUUUGCGAGAACCGGGAGCAGCCUGGGAGUUGUGGUCCUAGUGUUCUGGAGCAGAUAAAAAGUUUUGAAUGACUUCAUCUUGAUUUUAAGACUAAUAUCAAAGCAAGUGUGGUGUCCCUCUGUCACUGUGAGAUACAAACGAGGAUAACUUUUCCAGGUGUAUCCUGUGGUUUAUCUUACAGGGAGCUGAGUCCAGUUCUGUUUUUCACUUGAUCAGACAUCAUGGAGGCACCUCCGGUAACCAUGAUGCCUGUUACAGGGGGCACCGUAAACAUGAUGGAGUACUUGCUGCAAGGAAGUGUUUUAGAUCACAGUUUGGAAAGCCUCAUCCAUCGCCUUCGGGGUUUGUGCGACAACAUGGAACCAGAGACUUUCCUUGACCAUGAGAUGGUAUUCCUCCUUAAAGGCCAACAGGCUAGCCCAUUUGUUUUAAGGGCUCGACGCUCUAUGGACAGGGCAGGGGCACCUUGGCACCUGCGCUACCUGGGACAGCCAGAAAUGGGAGACAAGAAUCGCCAUGCCUUGGUGCGGAACUGCGUGGACAUUGCUACAUCUGAGAACCUCACCGAUUUCUUGAUGGAAAUGGGCUUCCGCAUGGACCAUGAGUUUGUUGCCAAGGGACACUUAUUCCGUAAGGGCAUCAUGAAGAUUAUGGUGUACAAGAUUUUCCGAAUCCUGGUGCCAGGGAACACAGACAGUACAGAGGCCUUGUCACUCUCCUAUCUUGUGGAAUUAAGUGUUGUUGCACCAGGUGGGCAGGACAUGGUCUCUGAUGACAUGAGGAACUUUGCUGAGCAGCUGAAACCUCUGGUUCAUCUAGAGAAAAUAGACCCCAAAAGACUGAUGUGACUAGGAGGGUUGGGCCAUCUUUUUCUUUUGUGCUGGUCCUUUGGCUUUAAUUCAGGGCCUAGGUGGUAUCCCUGAACUUUUUUUUGCUGAA